AUGAAUACAAAGUACUUGAAGAUAGAAUCCAACGAGGAUAUCUGUAAGGGAGAAAUGGUAGCGCAUGUGUACAAGAGAAUAUCAAAAUGCAUUAUGCAGUCUCUAAAAGAGCCUUUUCCGCACGAAAUGGCAUCCGAGCUGAACGAAGAUGCAGAAAAGCACUUUUUUGGAGAAAUGGAGAGGCCGCAUUCUCGCAGGCAAAGCCUUGAUAUGGAGAGCACAGUUGUGGUAUGCAUCAAUGGUGUAGAAAAGAUCAUGAGAAUCAAUCAAGGGGUUUUCAAAAGCAACUAUCGGUUUAUUCUGGAUUUUCAUGACUUUCUGAAGGAGCUAGAGGCGUUUGCAGAGAUUCUAAAGGUUGGCAUUGACCAUGUAAGCACGGUGGCAUUUGUUGAGUUUCUCCUUGAUAGUUUCUGUAUGUUUGGCAGCCUUGAGAAUGCAAUCAAUCUUUUCAGGCCAAUGAAGAACACAGCCAUACAAAGAUCAGGAUUGGAAAGUGAAAGAAUGCUGAGGAUGGUGUUUUUACUGCAGCAAGUAUCUGGCGGGAUGAGGCUUUUUCUAUCAUUCCAUGUGUUCGCAGUAUCAAUAUACCACGGAAACAAAUACAUCGAAAUGCUCAUAGCAAACGAGCUUGGAAAGAUGAUAUCUGAAGUGCGUGUGCGCAAAGAAGAAGCAAUAGAAAGUGAGGCACUGGAAUUUAAUAAAUACACAAGAACUAAGGCAAUGCUUAAUGGGUUGUAUCUGUUGUUCGACAUAUUUGACCUUGACAAUGCGUCGCUUAAAGGCAUUUUCAGCACAUUGAUUGUUUUUAUGUCAACAAGGAAGUGUGCAGACGUAGUGAAGCUUUUGGGACUGAGCGACCUAUUUGUGUGUACGGUCAGGUCUAUCUGCGGAGACCUUAUUCCGAUGAACACAUUAAUGAUGGCAUGCAAGGUCAAACUGAACAUGAAGUAUAAAGCAAACACGCUGGGCGUGUCUAUGGAUUACAUAUACAGCUGGCUGUACUUGCCUUAUUUCUCAAUGCUGAUGCCCAGAUACAUAAUGUUCUCAAGGAUUCCCAAAAAAGGCCUUCAGGUACUGGGAAGACCAAUAGAAACGGCCUCCAGCAACAUCACUAUGGAGUUCACAAAAGACAGAAAGAAUUCCGAGCAUACGCAAAGCCCAAUGUACUCUCCACUCAGCAAAAGACUGAGCAGCGGAAUAAAUCAUAAGAUAGAAAAGCUUAAAAGUAAGCGAAAACUCGAAUUCAACUAA